AUUGUUGUCACACGUAAGUCCCGCCUCCGCUCUCAUUAACCAAUCCCGUUACUCAAAACACCCGAAGCCCCGCCCUCUUCCGUCUCCCUAUUACCCGCCUCUUCUUCAUGGAUUAGUUGCACCUUGGCUUUCCUUCUGGACGCGUCACGUCAAUUUCCUCCACUGCCAGGAGAGGCGACACUUCAGAUUAACUGACGGCGAGGAUGAAGGCAAAGGACAAGACCCAUACGUCCAUGGUGGGGCUCCUCCUGCUGUGGCCCUUGUUCUCUGUGGUCUAUAUAUCCAAUGGACUGAAGACUUUCCACGUCUACUCUAACCAAAGUAUUCCCGAUGUAGCGGUAACACAGGAAUUCUUCGGUGUUGGUACCAGGUGUGACUGUCGAGUGCGGUGCGAAGUUCUUCUUGACUGUACGGGUGUUACUGUUGUGAAAAAUGACUCGGGUGGCUUUGACUGCCUAUUGACGACUACGAACCUCACAGGACUUCCCUUGAUGACUUCACCUGACGUCACACUCAUCGAUAGAGAUGGAUUUGUCCCAACAAACAUGGAAUUUCUCCAAAAUACACUUGGGAGGGCUGAUUCCAGAUACUUCCUGUCAGCGUCGGAGCUUUAUAACGGGGAAAUCACUCAGCAACAGGCCGCGUGUCAGGCCGAGGGCGGCGAGCCUGCGAUUUUAACAUCAGCCGCAGCCGUGGACGAAGUUUUCAGUGUCUACGGAAGCGAGCUCUUCAUCGGGGGAGCUUGGGUACCACUCUUUGAGAAACCAUUUGCUACGAAAGAGUGGGUAAACGGAAGCACUGAGGUUCCGUAUCCUGUUCUGUUCUUAGGGACCGGUUGCUACCAUGUUGGGGGGGCUAAGAAUUUCUUCAUGAUGAACUGCAAUACGCUCGGUCCGUACCCCGUUGUAUGUGCAAAUUCAACCUGGAUGAGCUUGCAACAAACCAUGACAGGUUAGAUUUUGAGAUGAAGUGACGUGACAUGACCAGAUUCUCACCAGGAGGAGCCACAGUCACACUUCUUUUCUGUGACGAGAUAAAAGGAAGCGAAAUCGUGGAUUUGACUCAAGAUAAGUAAGAUUGCACUUUGCAACGCGACGUUGCAGUCUGCAACAACAACAACAACAACUGGAAAAGAGUCUUAUGCUUUUUUCGCCAUGAUUUGCCACUGCAUUUUUUUUUAUGUUAGUUCAUUUAUAUUAUAUAGAUGUUGAAUCAAUUGAUAAUG